AGUUGAAUGGUGCGGAAGUGUUCUGUUAAAUCUUUCUGUAGUUUGCAAAGCAAUAAUCGAGCUCCAUUGUUCCAGCAGCCGCCAGUGAUCGUGCUGUUGAAUGAACACACGAACACACAACUCACACAUCCUUGUGGCUUCCGGACUCAUACAUCCUUCCGGCUUCCGGCAAGAGAGAUAGGAGAUAGGUAGACGAGGAGCUGUUGAGGUAGGUACGAACUGUAUGCAGUACGGUACGUAAGAAGGCUUCAAGCUCUUCUAUCUCUCUCUCUCCAAACAUUACUUGUGCCGGUCGAUUGUCCGCAAAAAGCCGAGCCACAACGCCGAAAAGGAGCGCGAGUGGGUGCAAAGAGACGAAGAUGUCGGACCAUGUGGAAGAAGAGCCGCCACAACAACAAGAGCCCUUGGAUCAAUCGACAGCCGCCGUGACCAAGCGUCAAGUGAGAUUCGGCCCGGUGCCCGAGAUUGUGGUGUACGACGGUAGUUUGACCGAAGUGGAGAAGGACCUGCUGUGGCAUGAUGCGGAUGAAUUGCGAGAUCGAGCACGGAGAGAGAUUCACUUGGCCCGCAAGGUGUGGAAGAGCAACCGUGGGGUUCUGGCGACUGGCAAUAGCAGUAGCAGUAGCAGUAGCGACGGUUAUUGUAUACGAGGAUUGGAAAAGAGGCUCCGAUCGGGAGAUGCCAUUCGGAAAAAGUGGUAUACGUUUCUACAGUCCUUUUUGGCAUUGCAGCAAGAUUUGCGCAAGCUGGAAUCGGAUGUCACCAAUCUCAUCAUGGUGUUCGUGUCGACACACAGCAAGGCCGAUCGAGCGGCCGCACAUCAAGUGGCGUUGCAAGACGAAGCCUUGGCAUUUCAAAUCUACAAUGAUGAAAGUGGUGAGGAUGGGCGACGAUCAUCGUCUAAAAAACUCAAUCUGAGCAACCACGGCGAUCAACAGCCACAACAACAACAACAACAGCGGUCCUCGGUGGGCUGUAGAAGAGCUCGGAGUGCCUAACUAAACAAGCUAUGGCUAUGGUAGCUAGUAGCUGGCUAGCAGCUAGCUAGUCAGAUUUAUCCGCCAACUGACGAUAGCAAGAGAGCAUGGGUAACAAUUGCCCAUUCCUGUUUGGAUUACAACAAUCAAACACAAGGCAAAACAAAAACAACUUGUACAAAUAGUACGUUGAUGAAACCUAAUAAAAUAAAUGCAUGCUCAACCAAUCUCG